ACUUAAACCAGGCAAGGCAAACUUCAUUUUUGUUUAUAUUUUUAUUGAUUAGUCACUACUCUGAAUUAUCGUGAAAAUAUCUUAAAAACUUAUUUAUGUAAAAUGCCUUCAUUAUUAAGAUAUUUCAAACCGACCAAUCUUAAUAAUUUUGUAAUAAUAAUACCGUGUGUUUCUGUUGGAAAUGUUCCACAGUUAGCAGUAGAUCUUCUCAUCAAAACUUAUAAUUUAGAAAAAGUUGCUUCAGUAUGGCAUUCCUCAAUUGUUCCUACAGUUGGUGCUGACCCUUACAAUUGCAGUUCUUCAGAAAUAUGUACAGCGUGUGAAUUAUAUUCAAAUGAAGAUUUGAAAAUUGCUUGUUUGCAAUUGAGAUCAACCAUUGAAACCAAAACAGCAAGAAAGUUUUUCGAAGAUGUUUAUAACAGUUUAAAAGAAAUGAAAGUUAAAAAAGUUGUAAUUUUAUCCAGUGCUUUUGAUUAUGAAUUGCACAAUAUAAAGAAGGAAAGAUUUUACUUUUUGGGAAAAAGUCAGCUGAAUCUAACAAAUAUACCUAAUAUCAAGGAAUUGGAAAAAAGUGAUAAUAAUAAAUACUCUGUGAAUGGAGCAGGGUUUUCUAUUAAUUUAUACUCUGUUUUAUCUAAAACUUUAGACUGUCUUUUACUAGGAAAGUAUAUCAGUGAAGGUGACAACAGGCCUGAUGCUCAGUCAUUGUUGGAAAAAGUAUUAAAUGUGACAUAUUUACAACAAAUAUCAAAAAAUGUAGAAUAUCCUAGCUCUUGGGAUUAUGUUUUCGGUGCUCCUCCUCCUAUUGGAAUAUAUUAAAAUGUAAUUGUUAAAUUAAAUUAAAUAUGUUCUUACCAUUUUUUAAUUUGUUAUCUCUGUCCCACUUUUUAAUUUGUUAUCAACAGUAGAAUGUAUGUUGUAAGUAUUAGUGCAAAAAUUAUUAGAACAAUGCUAAAAAAGAAUAUUGAUAUUAGAAAAUUAUGAAACUGUAUAGCAUUUUCUAGUAUUGAUGAUGUACAGCUCAAUAACUAUGCUAAGAGUGCUAAAAAUAUAGGUGAUAGGGUUACAAAUUCA